AUGGCUGAAAAACUGGAAAGUCUAAGCGCGCGCACGGUAUAUAUCGCCCCGCCUCCACGCCUCCCCAACCGGUUGGUUAGGUUAGUUGUGGUCACUGUUGAUGACACCGUUCAACCACUUUGGGGCCCGUAUUUCCCACAACUCUGGGACUCAACGGCCGGCGAAAAGUGUGGCCCAAACCCGGCAUACGUUCAACAAUUGACAGACUGUGCGGUCGAGAAGUGGGCCAUCAUAUCAAACACACCACCCUGUGGCCCAAACCCGGCAUACGUUCAACAAUUGACAGACUGUGCGGUCGAGAAGUGGGCCAUCAUAUCAAACACACCACCCAUGCGGAAAAGCUGUGAAAACGAAAACUUGUUGACAGAAUUUUGCGAUUCACUGAAACCAAAAGCGGUGACCGAAACCAAAUGCCAACACUAUUUAGGCCAGUAUUGCGCGGGCGGUAACGGCAAC